UGCAAAUGGAAUCCAAUCCGGGUUUUAGCUCCAGCCCAGAUUUCAGCUUUGCAAAGUUUGCCAAGGCUGGUUGGUUGCAGAGGACUUGGGUUGCAAAGGAAGGAGCAAUCUGAAAGCUGUGCAUGAAAAUGGAUAAAAUGGAUGACCUUCACUCCUGUGUGCCACCUUCCUCUUGCGACUGUUUUGUCUCGCUUCCACCUGCCUCUGCUGCCAGAGAGGUGAUCUUUGGCAAGAAUUCAGACCGGCCAAAGGAUGAAGUCCAGGAAGUUGUCUAUUUCCCUGCUGAAUGUCAUGCCAAGGGGACAAAGGUCCAGGUGAGAUAAAAACCAAGAAGAGGGCUGGAGUAGUGCACAUAUAUUGAAGUGGAUCAGGUUGAAAGGACCCAUGCAGUCAUUCUGAGUCGACCUGCCUGGCUGUGGGGAGCCGAGAUGGGGGCCAACGAACAUGGAGUCUGCAUCGGCAAUGAAGGGGUGUGGACCAAGGAGUCGGUUGGGGAGGAGGAAGCCUUGCUGGGCAUGGAUCUGGUCAGGCUGGGUUUAGAGAGGGGUACCACUGCCCAUGAAGCCCUCCAGGUCAUAACAGCACUUCUGGAACACUACGGUCAAGGGGGAAGCUGCAAAGAGGAGCCCACUCCUUUCAUUUACCAUAAUACCUUUCUCCUGGCUGAUCGCAUGGAAGCUUGGAUCUUGGAAACAGCUGGACGAUUUUGGGCUGCUCAGAGGAUUCGAGAAGGUGCCCGGAACAUCUCCAACCAGCUGAGCAUUGGGACAGAGAUUACUGCUGAACAUAAAGGUCUACGGCAGCAUGCCCAAAAGCAGGGAUGGUGGAGUGGUGAGGGAGAAUUUAGCUUCACGGAAGUAUUUUCACUCAUCCAUCAGCCUGUUCGCAUGGAAGCAGCCAAAGCUCGGUAUUGCACUGGUCAGCAACUCCUGCACAAGCAUUCAGGACAGAUCACUGCAGAGACCAUUAUGGGCAUCUUGAGUGACAAAUCCAGUGGGAUCUGUGUUGAUUCUGAGGGAUUCUCAACCACAGGAAGUAUGGUGUCCAUCCUCCCACAAGAUCCCCACCUACCUUGCAUCCACUUCUUCACAGCCACACCAGACCCUUCCAGAUCUAUCUUCAAACCCUUCAUCUUUGUUCCCAACAUCCCUUCCUUCCCCCAGGUGAAGUCACCAAGCUUCGGUGAUGAAGACCCCAUCAGAGAGAAUCCUCGGUUUCAGAGCCGGGUUGACCGACGCCAUGAUCUCUAUAGACAGCAUCAGUUAGUCUUGGAAGUCAUGGAUCGGGACCAGCAUGAAAACCGAAGACUCCAGGAAGCUAUGCAGAAAUUUCAACAACAGACCCUGGAGAGAAUGAAAAAUUUGUUGGCAGGUUCCCUGACUCUGAAACCCCAGGAGUUAGCUGACCUCUUUUGUAAUUCUGUGGAAAGAGAACUCAAAUUAUAUAAAUGAUGGAUAAUGCCAGAACUUCAGAAGACCAAGAAGAGCCUCUUGCUGCCUUCUAGUCCUGACACUGCAAUCCUGAAUUUCAAGUUCACUUCCUGCUCUUUGCUCUUGUUGCCUGCUGGUAAAAUUGGAGCAGAGAUGACUUCUAAUAAGAAGCAUAUGCUCUAGCUUAAGCCUUUCAGGAGUUGAUGUUCAGAAUCUGCAAUCUUCCCUGCACACAGAUGGACUUCAGUCUGCAUCUGGCACACCAAUAAAAUUUACAAGACUGGAAAGACUGGGCUUGGUGCAAUCUCCUUUUAAGGGGAAGGUUCCUGUUUCAGACCUACAUUACUGUGGUACUUCCCCAUGAAAUUUUGGGAGCUCCUGAACAAAUACCUUGUAUCACUGUACUCAUGACAGUACACGUCACAGGCUCCUUUCGGGCAGUUGCUAAUUUAAGACAAUUUUCAUAAGUUAAUAUUUGCAAGGCAGAAUUUCAGCAGGAAGAAGGGGUGUCUCCACAUUUCAUUUGAAAGAUGAAAAAACCUGAGUGGGUUGAGAGAACCUGCACUGGGGCUCACAGUCCCUAUCAUUUUCUUGGAGGAAGCGCUGCUCACAAGUUACAGAAGAGUCCAUCUGGCUUUUUCCAUCUGACUAGUCAUCUUGAUUGCUUAUAUGCUUUUUAAAAAAUGGAUAGCAAUCAGUUUGCCUGUUAAAUACACUAUUUCGUUAAGCCUGACAGAAUAAAAAGCUUAUUUUUUAUUUUAA